CUAACAUAAAUUCUCCUUCUUCUAAUCUAUCACUACACCCACACCCAUGCAACUCCAAACCAAGCCCAACAACCUAUUAAAACUUCAAAAGCGACACCUCCCGUCACCGAACCCGCUCCCGCACGAAGUUUCAAACUCAUCGUCUAUAAACGCGAUAAAAGGUAAACGCAGAGUGGAAACCGUCAACAAAAAAAGGAAAAAAAACACGCGCCAGUAGCCUGGCUCGUUUCCCCGCAGACUGCGCUUAGGAAAUGAUAAUAUGUCGCACAAGCUCAAGGUUAUCGCGCGACGUUCGCCAGCGGUGGCACAGCUGGAUAGCAAAGAGCGCCACAUUUCGUCGCGAAUACUCGCCGCGAUUGCGUUGCGUAUCGAGCACUAACCUAACUGCUGGCGCUGGCGUAAUCACCGAGCUGCGAGUGGAGACAAAGAUGAGGUCGUGGCUGCUGCUGUCGGCGCUGGUGGUCCUGGCGAUGGACCAGGUGGACGCGAGAAUCCUGAGCGAGUGCGAGGCGGUGCACGAGCUCCAGCGAGCCGGAGUCUCCAGGACCUACAUAAGCACUUGGGUCUGCUUGAUGCAGAGCGAGAGCGGGAUGAACACCCAGCUGGUCACAGGUCCGAAGACAGCAUCCAGCUACAGCUUCGGCGUCUUCCAGAUCAACAGCUUGAAGUGGUGCUCCAGAGGACACUCCGGUGGGCUCUGCAACAAACGCUGCGAGGACUUCGCCAACGACGACAUCCAGGACGACAUCGUCUGCGCCAGGAUGAUCAUGGAACGCGAGGGAUUCAAGUCCUGGCCUGGAUGGCAGAAGAACUGCAAGAACAAACCGCUGCCGAACAUCUCCAAAUGCAAGCGACGAUAACCAACGCGACACGUGUCGGGAAACGUGUGUUCACCGGAGACAACAGGUGCGCGACUGUUGAGCGACUCUGUUGGACGCUUUGAUUUCCUGUAUUCGAAGCGGAGAGUCCAGGAGAAUCAACCGUUGGUUUAGUUGAUUCGAAUAGAGGAAACAGAGAGGAGAA